UAAAUUUCUGAUCUAAGAAAAGAAUAUCCUUUAUCUUACGCGGUGCAACUCAGAGCCACCGAUCUACGUGGCCGCAUGGUGCCUCGGCGGUGCGUAAAGUUACGUAGUCCCUUAGCCUACGGAUCUUGGUCCGUACACGGUACACCUCACGCAUUUGGACCCACCCACCAUCCAACGGGUCAGAUCUUCCCGUAACUGUGGAAACCCAAAGGAAGCUUGUUGAAUUAUCAUCUCGUCUCUGUAGCAUCGCACGACAAGUUCUGGUCGAUCGUAGCCAUGGCUGGAGGAGGUAGGAGAAGACCGAACGGCAACAGAAACAGCAGAAACGACAACAGCAAUAGCAGCAAAAACAAGGGCAUAAGGAGAUCGAACGCAGUGUCUUCGUCAUCAUCUUCUGCUCGAAUCAGAAACUCUCUAUUUGUGGAGGGUGGGGUAUUGCCUGAUUGGCAUGUCAGCUCUUCCUUCCCAGGAAGGAACCCCAAUUCUAAUUCUAUUUCUGGUUCAAGACUAAUGGCACCAUCUGCUUCUAGAAAUGGACCUCGCAAGUCUAAUGAGAAUGCGUUUGGCUAUAACUACCCUUCUGUUGAGCUUCAGGAGGGUUUGCACAAAGAAUUAUCUGUUGAGGAUAAUGACAGAGAUAAUGAUUUAGAUGCAUCACAACCCAUUGCUUUGGUUGAUUUCAAGGAGACCCAGAUAGUUGCUUACUUAGAUGAAACGCCACCUUUGAAGGCCCAUAAUAUUGAUUUCGCUUGUGAUUACAAUUCAAGUUUUGUGCUUGGUCAUAGCUUGCAUAGAGGAUUGGGGUUCUCUGAUGAAUCUGACACAACCCCAGGUGCUAUUGGUUCAUCAUCAAAGCAAAUGGAAGAAGAAAGGCCAGAAGGAUCAUGUUUUGGUUCUCCAUCCUCUGAGAAAGAAAUGGAUGCUUAUGAGUCUAUUAAUUGUGAGGUAGGUGAACAAAUAAUUGAAGAAGUGUCAAAUGAGGGAUUCUCUCCAAAGAAAAAUUCAGGAUGUUUGUCAAUUGGAGGCAUGAAAUUAUUCACCCAAGAUAUAUCUGAUGGGCAAAGUGAUGGAGAGUCACAAGAUGAUGAAGUUUCUGAAUCUACUGAGCUAGGGGAACAAACUGAACUGUCUGAUAGUGAUAUCUCUGAGAAUAUGUCUGAUAGUGAUUCAAACAUUGAUGAAGAGGUUGCGGAAGACUACUUAGAGGGAAUUGGUGGGAGUGACAACAUUUUAGAUGCCAAAUGGUUGGUAGAAGACCAUUUGGAUGACUCAGACGAGGAUAGCACUUCAACUAGUGGUUCCUUUGAUGAGACUCUAGAGAAGUUGGGUGGCAUUGCACUCCAGGAUGAAUCUAGGGAAUAUGGUAUGAAGAAGUCUCGAUCAAGAAAAAAGUAUAAUGUUGGCGCUAGAGAUUCUUGGCCAUCAGCUUUGGAUGACCUUAUGCUCAUAAAGGAUCCAAGAACUGUUUCUGCCAAAAAGAAGCUUGCUUUUCGGUUGCCUCAGUCUUGGCCUUUAAAGGCACAAAACAGUAAAAAUUCCAGAAAUUUUCCAGGUGCGAAAAAGAAACACCGAAAGGAGAUGAUUGCUGCCAAACGUCGUGAAAGAAUGCUGCAAAGGGGAGUUGACCUUGAGAAAAUAAAUAUGAAACUGGAACAGAUUGUUUUGGAACAGGUGGACAUGUUUGCUUUUCAACCUAUGCACUCCCGAGAUUGUUCCCAGGUAAAACGAUUGGCAGCAAUUUACAGUUUACGCAGUGGCUGCCAAGGUUCGGGUAAGAAAAGAUUUGUAACAGUGACAAGAACUCCGCACACAAGCAUGCCAUCACCAAGUGAUAAACUCCGUCUAGAGAAGCUGAUAGGAGCUGGAAAUGAGGAUGCUGAUUUCACUGUUAAUGAAUGCUCAAGAGCAAAAUCAGCAACUGCAGACAGAAAUAGGAUGAAGCAGAGGCCACUGGACGUUCAAGCUUGGAGCAAAUCAUCAAAGAACCCAGUCAACAGUGAGAAUGUCGGUGCAUCCAAGAGAAGGGGAGGGAGUUGUUUAUACGCCAAUCAACCAGUGUCAUUUGUAUCAAGUGGCACAAUGCCUGAAACAGUUGAUGAUAGUAUGACAAUAGAGACUGAAAAUUCUGAAAAUAAGGUUACAAUCAGCUCAGCAAAGGUUGGUGCAUUUGAGGUACACACUAAGGGUUUUGGAUCCAAGAUGAUGGCAAAAAUGGGAUUUUUAGAAGGUGGAGGUCUGGGAAAGGCUGGUCAAGGUAUGGCAGAGCCUAUUGAAGUGAUCCAAAGGCCCAAAUCACUAGGUUUGGGUGCCAACUUCCCCAACACUACUGAUGACUCUUUGGAGAAUAAACCUCAAAGAACUGCAAGGUUUGAAAACCAUGCUAAACAUAAAAGCUUGGGAACUUUUGAAAAACAUACCAAAGGUUUUGGCUCUAAGAUGAUGGCAAGGAUGGGCUUUGUUGAAGGCACUGGUUUGGGCAAAAAUUCUCAAGGCAUUGUCAACCCUUUAGUUGCUGUUAGACUCCCCAAAUCAAGAGGAUUAGGUGCCACAGGUUAGAAAUUAUCCUUCUUUUUCCCCUGAAGAAGAAAGGGAAAACGACAUUUUAUAAGAUAUUUACCAAUU